AUGCGUGUACACGAUUUACUGUCCACGGAUUUACUGUCCAUUGAUUGGAAAAUUUUUUUUCCAAUUAACGCUAUUUUUGUUGAUCCAGAUAAUUAUUAUGUUUUUUCAGUAUUUGGAAUAUUAAAUAUUCGACAAAAUGGACUUGAUGUAGAAUUUUAUGAGUUAGCCGAAUGGUAUAGACAUGCUAAACUAUGGCAUGCAUGUCAACAAAUACCUUUUUUUCGAAAUUAUCUUAUCAGAAAAGAAUUCAAUUUGUGGUUAUCUAAUGCUCGAUUUUCUCGAUUUUCUCAACGUCGAUCUGAAAUCAGUAAAACACAUCUUUUAUUAAUGAAUAAUCGUAUAUUUCAAAUGGCAUUAUUUGAAAUUCGACGAGUUAUACUUGAAUAUCAACAAUUAACAUUACUUCCAAAAUUAUUUCCAGGAAUGACAUUAUCAUUAAAUGAUUUUGAAACAAUGGUUAAACGUCAUACAAAAGAUACAUUAGAAUAUACAAAAAAAUUUUACAAUCAUAUAAAAACAAUUCUUGAUAUGACACGUGAAACAUGUGGAAAAAAAUUACAUAUUAUUUUAAAAUGUCUUGAAGAAGACAAUAUUACUUUUAAUACAUCAUCGGGUUCAAUAUAUGAACAACGAAUAAGAAAAGAAAACUUACGUAAAGAACUUGAGCAAAUGCAAAAUGAUAUUCGAAAUAUUUGUCCAUUUUUAAACUUAUGUUCAGCAAUGUUAGCAUCAUGUUUAUGUGAUAUUCAACGUGAUACAUUAUCACAAUUUGUACUUACAAAUGCAACAUUUUUAACAAAACUCCAUUUAAGUGAUUUUGAUUCUAAUCAUAUGCUUCGAUAUCUUCCAUCAUGGGAUGAUUAUCUAGAAAUAUUUCAAUCUAUUUUACAACAACCACAACAAAUGCUUUAUGAACAAUGGAAAAAUAUUUUAGAAUUAGACACUUGUUUGAGAGAUGCUGAUAAAGUUGGUGAUAUUAUUAGACAAGAAGGAUUAACAAGUCAAUGUGAAAAAUGUGGACGAGAACUUUAUUCAGGUUUACAAGAAACAUCAUCAAAUUCAUGCAAAUGUCAAAAGCAACAAUCGAAAGCCUCAAAAAAUGAACCGAAUAACCUGUCAAUCAAAGGUCAUGGAUUUUUUGGUAGUACUAAUCGACAUGAAGUUUUACCAUUUGAAUUUAUAUUUACAAAAGAUACAAAAUAUAAAGCAGAUAUAAAAAAUAUUCUUUCACAAUUUCGUUUAUCUUUCGAUGAAUUGGAUACAUAUUGUGAAUCAAAUGAAUGGUUAUGUGAAAUCAAUCGUUUUUGUCUUCAAUGGACUCCAAAUCAAAUGAAACAAAUGUCAGAGGACAAACAAGUGUUUCUUAUUGAGGAACAAUUAAAUCUUCUUCGUGGUUGGAUUGAUAAAACACGUACAUUUGAAUUAACAUAUUCAACAACAAAUUCUCCUUAUAUUAUUCAAAUGGAUUGUUCCGUGAUAAGUCAAGGUCUAUGUAAUAAAGUCGAAAGAAUUUAUACAGAUUUUGGAAAAUAUCUUUAUCGUUAUGCUUGUUCAAAUGCACAAAUACUUAUUAAUAAAUUUCAAACUGCACUUGAAGUAUUUGAUCAACGACCUUCAGCAAUUGAAGAAUUUGCUAAAUAUGCUAGUUAUUUAGCUCCACAUAAAACAGAACUAUCGUCAAAUCAACAAACAAUUGAAUAUUUUACAAGUCUUUUUGAUAUGAUUUUUAUGCAUUUUGGUCAUUUACGUCAAGAAAAUGAAAAUGAACUGAUCGAUAAAUUAAUGACAGACACAUGGAAAUUAUUUCGAAAAAAACUAUCUGAUGCAGCUGAUUUUGUUGCACAACAAACUUUAAUUAUAAAACAACGUUUGCACGAUACUUUUGAAAAAUUCUUAAAUCAAGCAGAAUUGUUAUAUAGUCAAUCAACAAGUGGCAUUUUUCUUGAUUCUACACAAGAUCCAAUGGAAAUGGUUAAACAAUUAAAAAAAAAUUGUAUUGAUUUUAUGGGACUUGAAAAACAAUUAAGACAGUAUGCUGAAUGGCAAGCAUUGUUAGCUGCAAAUAGUUUAAGUCCUACAAAUGAAGAUCAAGUUGAAAAUGAAGAUAUAUACAAUGUUGGUCAAUGGUCAAUAGAAAUUGAUCUUAGAAAAGAUAUAUGGAAAUAUGUUGAAAUAACAUCGAGUUCGAUUAAAGAAUGGAAAAAUACAUUGAUUAAUAAAUUUAAUAUUCGUCGAGCACAAGAAAAACUUGAAUGUUGGAUGAAAAUUGCUGAAGAUUUUAAAGAGAAAAUAUCUGAAGAUGAUCCAAUUGUUCUUCAUUGGAUAAAAAUUCUUCAAAAUUUUGAACAAAAUAUUGAAUUACUUAAAAAAUUAUUAAGUGAUGCUAUGACUGCAGAACAAUGGAAACUUCUUUUUCGUGCAAAUGGUCACGAAUAUGAUCCUCAACAUAAUUAUCGUAUUCAAGAUUUAAUUGAUUUAAAUAUUCUUCAAAUUGAAAAUCAAGAUGUUUUUAUACAAAUACAUAAACAAGCAACAAGAGAACAAAAACUCAAAGAUAAAUUAAUGAAUAUGCAAACAUGGCUUAGUGAACUUCAUUAUCGAAUGGCCAAAUAUAAACCACCUCUUAAAAUAACUACAGUUCGAAAUCGUAUAACAUCAUCGUAUCGACAACGUUUAAGCCGAUAUCGUGAAUUACGUGCACGUACACCAACAGCUCGUAAAACGCCAACAGAAGUAAUUGUAACUACAGAAUCAUCAAUUGAAACUAUUGAAGAAGCUUAUAUUAUGAUUAAUUCUCAAGAAAUUCUUCCUUAUCGAUUAGAAGGUAUAUCAAUAUCAAAUAGAGAUGACGAACAAUUAUCUUUAAUAUCGAAAUUAAAAUUGUUCUUACCAAUAAUUGAUGCUGUUGGAUUAAGUACUCAAAUAAUUAGUAAUCAAAGUUUAACAAAAUGGUUUCAAUCAUUAGAAAAAUUAAUAAAAUAUUCCUUAGCAAAAUUAAUAUUUGAAUUACUUGAUAAAAAAGUCAAUGAACAAUUAACAGAAAUUCUCUUUAAAAAGACUUUAAUAAAUUCUAAAGAAAAAGAUUAUCCAUUACAAGUUAUUUUAAUUGUUGAACAUAUUUUAUUUAGUUUAAUACUUGAAAAACAAAUUAAAAAACAAACAAAAUUAUUUAUUCGAAAUAUGAAAUUUAAAAUUGAAGAUCAACUAAAUGCAUUAAUUAAAAAUCGAAUAAAACAACAAAAUUGUUUAAUUAUUCAACGAUUAUAUUUUCGAGAUAUUUUAUCAAAAUUAAUCGAAAUUGAAAAUGAUUUAACAUUAAAUAGUUAUGAAUGGUUAUCCUUAAUUAAAUAUGAAAUUGAUCAAAAUUCUCGAACAGAAAAUAAAAUUCAUUUUGUUCAAUUUUCUAAUCGAAUUCAUUAUAAUUUUGAAUUUAUCGAACCAUCAUCAACGUUUAUAAUUUCACCUAUGAUGGAACGAACAUUAUUUCAAUUAACUCAAGCUAUUUGUGCCUAUAGAAUUGGUGUUGUUCAUGCACCAUCACAAUAUGGACGAUCAGCGGUUAUUCAAACUUUAGCACAGUUAUGUGGAUCAAAUUGUAUUAGUUUAUUAUGUAAUUCAUCGACAAGUGUUAAUCAAAUAGAAAAUUUUCAUCAAGGUUUAGUUGUAUCAAAUAGUUGGUGUUUAUUUAAAGAUAUUCAACAACUUUCAAUCGGUAUUUAG